AUGCCAUCUCUUAUCCCGUUGGAUAAUGUGCUCGGAGCAUUCUUGAUUGGUCUUAUCCUGUCUACGCUUGUAUAUGGGAUUACAUGUCUACAACUUUUUCUCUACUUUACGGACCACUGCGAACGAGACGGAUUGAUUGUGAAGGGUCUGGUCACCGCUGUUUGGGGGCUGGACACGCUACACGUGGCACUCUUGUCCCUCGGACUGUAUCAUUAUACUGUCUCAAACUUCGGCGACUAUUCCGCACUUGGCGUACAUUGGAGCCUGGCGGUUCAAGUCAUGAUCGGGUCGUUGUUGAGCCUUUUAGUACAAAGUUUCUUCGCCUACCGCGUAUACGUCAUUAGCAAAAGACGGCGUGCCGUUCCGCUAUUCAUAAUCUUGCUAUCGUUUGCACAGACAGUAUUCGGGACAAGUUAUGGCUGCCGAGUGUUCGCCGUUACUGGUUUUAGCGACUUCGGCCCGAUCACCCCGUUCGCCCCGGGUGCGCUCGGGGCAGAUCUACUUUGCGAUUGGUCAAUAGCUGCAGCCAUGAUCUACCAUCUUUAUCACAGCCGCUCCAUGGUUUCAUCUACCAAUCGCAUCGUCAAUCUGCUGAUCAAGUAUACGAUCAACACCUGUUUACUUGAAGCCAUCUGCACUGUCCCAUGCCUUGUGAUCUGGCUCGUUCAAAUGAACUCCUUCACGCUUGUCUACGCACCGUUCUACUUCGUUCUUAUCCGUCUGUACUCGUGCUCUCUGUUAUGCUCCCUGAACAAUCGCGAUCAUCUGCGCGGCAUGAAUCAACGAAUGGAAGCCAUCACAAUGUCCAGUGCGUUCCAAGCAGCAGCAGCCUCAGCAGGUGAUCGCGCACUACACUCUUCGGGUGAAGUAUCGCAAAGCGCGGAUGAAACCUUUCAACUGCACUCGCAUGGCAAGCUGGAGACAGAAAUCCCUGCUGCACAGCUGGCCCAGGACGUUCUUGUUUAG